UUCGCUAAUAAUCUGUGGCAUUUUCGUUACGCUGGAGAGCAAACGAAUAAAUAGACGAGCGCUCACCAAAACUGGUAUUAUUCUCACAGCAAUAAUUGAAGCGACUAGUACUCACAGCGAUUCCUCAUGCAUCUUCCAACUUACCUCACGCUCAUAGGAGCUGCGUUGCUAGUGGCGCAUUUGAAAGGUGUCGAUUCUUUCGCUCUCGAUCGCAACGCCAGUGGCGACGCUAGUCGUGAGCCCGUAGAAAAUGUGGAGAAGACACGCAAUCAAACUUCAACGGAAAAUUCGGAUGAAUCUGAAGAUGGUCGUGACUCUUCGGAAGAAGAGCAAGACAACAUCGUCAAGCGAAGUGCUCAGUUUUCAAGGGAUUCCGAUGAAUUUGACAACGUUUCAUUUGAACUCGACGAUCGUCGCAGGUUCCAGCAAAACGUCCCAUCCCAAACGUCCCAACCGGUACGAUCCAUUGUGGCAACUCCGCAAAUCACGCGGGUUACGCCAACGCGAGCGCCAUCCCUCCCUGAUCGACUGCCAGUGCCCAUCAGCUUCAGAAAUCUACGAAUCAGGCAGUUUGAUGAUGACGAUUCGAGGGAGAUCAUCAGGACUCGAGUUGUUGCCACGCCAGCCCAGCAAGUUGUUCCAGUCAGGACGACGGGUCUACCCAAUCGACUUCCAGUACCGAUCAGCUUCAGGAAUCCAAUUUUGAGGCAAACAAUCGAUUUCGACGAUGACUCCAUUGAAAUAACGGACCGUUUCAUCACACCCGUUCAGCCAAUCGUUUCAACCCAAACGGUUAAUCGCGUGGUCAAUGCUAGAAGACCCAACAUUUUCAGGCAAUCUGAUGAACGUGACGACAUCUCCUUGGAAGUGUUCACUGUCAAUCAAAACGGUCAACUGCAACAGGCACUGCGUCCUGUCCAGGCAACGAACAACAGAGCUCAACCCAUUCAAAAUGUCCGCCGAGUCGUCGUGACCGCCACACCUCAAUUGCAAUCACCAAUUGCGGUCGUGACUCGAACGCCUACGACAGCCGUUACUAACGUCGACCUAGUUUUCACGAAUUCGGACGAACGCGAUGAUUUCUCCGACGAAAUUAUACGAUCCAGCUUGGCCUCUUUCGCCACACCGAUCACGCCAACUCCUCCAACCCAAACGGCAACUGCUUCAAACCGAUUACAGAUACCCACGGGUUUCAUAAAUCAAAACGCAAGGCCAUCGAACGUGAACGUCAACCGCGUCACUGCUACGCCCACUCCCAUUAGUCGAAUCGUCCCUGCCCAAACGGUUAACCGAGUUGUUCCGACUCAAGCAGUUGGCCGAAAUGUCCCCGCCCAAACGGUUAAUCGAAUUGUUCCCAUUCAAACGGUUAACAGAGUAACUCCAACUCGAGCGGUUAGUCAAAAUGUCCCUACCCAAACGGUUAAUCGAAUCGUUCCCAAUCAAAUGGUUAACCGAGUGACUCCUACUCAAGCAGUUAACCGAAUUGUCCCGACUCAAAAUGUUCCACAAAUUGUCGCCACCCAAACUGUUAAUCGGGUUGUCCCCACUCAAACCGUGGGUCUACCCGAUCGAUUGCCAGUACCCAUGGGUUUCCGAAAUGUAAUUUUCAGACAAACGAUUGAUUUAGAUGACGAUUCCAUUGAAGUCAGAGAUAGGACUGUUUUCUCGCCGGUUAACAACAACAACAACGGUCAAACUCAAACGGUUAAUGUAAUCAGCAGACCGGUUCUUUCCCAGGACUUUGACGAUGUCUCCGUGGAACUGGAACUGAUUAAUCCCGUUCAAAAUCAACGAGCCACACCUGCCCAACUGGUUGCGCAACCGGCCGCAGUAAAUCCUGCUCAGACGACGGGCAAUCAAGGCCAGCAAUUUGUCCAGCGAUUUGACGGCGACUUCUCACUGGAGGAUGACCGUGACGAUGAUUUCGAUGACGACAACACUUUCUUUCUGGAAGAUCAACUCGGCAAUGCCGACGGCUUCCGUCUCCUAGCAACCGAUUUCCUUUUACAGCCGGGCACUAACCGGGCCCCAUCGGUGCGCAGCGUGAACAAUCGAAAACAAGCCCAAGAUUACGACGAUGACUAUUCGUUGGAAAAGAAUUUGACACCCGUUCAUUUAGAAGAACCGAAUUUGAAAGAAAAUCCAGUCCAAGAGUCUGACGAUUGGUUCCUCGUCAAACAGUACAUGAAUCACGAUUAUUCUUCGGAGGAAUUGGAAGGUGAUUUAGCCAGAGAAUAUUUUUGGCAACCACUGAAAGACACGAGCAAGAAGACGGACGUGGCCGAUGAUAAAACGGCCUAGAAUGAAAUGAGCGCGAUCUCCCCCCGUGACGUCAGUUUCUGACAACCACCAGCUUUCCAGACGAAUAAUUAAUAUAAUUGGUUUCGUUUUAAUUUAAAUAUUUCAAUUCGGUUGUAUGAUGUUGUAAUAAACCAAGGGUUCUAUUUCA